UAUUUGACAUUUUUAAUGUGAAUGUGGUUGAUAUUGUGUUAUUAUUACAAUACUUCCUGUGUGAAAUAAUUGCAAUUGUCGUUUUUAAAUUAAACAUAUUUGAAAUGCCUUCCAAGCAGAGAAAAAUAGCUAUGAUGGGUUACCGAUCUGUUGGUAAAUCUUCUCUUAUUAUUCAAUUUGUCGAGGGACAGUUCGUUGACUCUUAUGACCCUACCAUUGAGAACACGUUUACAAAGUUUAUUCGGCUAAAUUCAACAGAGUAUGAAGUUAAAUUAGUAGACACAGCUGGUCAAGAUGAAUAUAGUAUUUUCCCUUUGCAAUACAGUAUGGACUUCCAUGGCUAUGUUUUGGUAUACUCCAUCACCUCCAGCAAGAGUUUUCAAAUAGUGCAAAUAAUUUAUGACAAGUUACUUGACAUGGUUGGAAAAAUACAUGUACCUAUAGUAUUAGUUGGAAAUAAAACAGAUCUACACUUAGAAAGAAAGAUAAGUACAGAAGAGGGGAAAAGACUUGCAGAAAAAUGGAAAGCAGCAUUUGUUGAAACAAGUGCAAAACGAAAUGAGUCAGUAACUGAUAUGUUCCAUGCAAUGUUAUCAGAAAUAGAAAGAUCUGAUGGACAUAUACAAGAAAAGAAUGGGUGUAUUAUAUCUUAAUGAAAUUUUUAUGCUUACAAACUGUGCUUCUACUUAAGUAAAAGUGAUUUAAACAUAUUUAAGUUUGUGCACGGCUGUUGUGGUUGCAAGUGAAAUGUUUCUAGAAAACUUUAUGGUACCUUCAAAUGAAUGACGAUAAUAUUAUUGUUUGAUUUGUUAAUUUAUGUAAGGUUUGAUUUAAGAUGAAUGUAAGGGGUUUUAAUGGUUUGAUUUUCAAACAAUUUUCUUUUGAAACACUUUUUUUACAACUUUACUCGCUUUUAUUCUUGUUUUUAUAUUUCAUAUUCAUGUGAUGUUUAUUUCUCUACAUAGAUAUUAUUGAUGUGUUAAAUUAAGUGUUCAUAAUAAUUACUAAUUUAAAGGUACCAUGAGGCUGUAUGUGCAAUUGUGGAGUAAUGUGCUGUAUAAAAUCAUGCAGUGGGUAUAUGCAAUGUUUUUUAAACUGAAUAAUUUUAUCCAGCACAAAAUGCAGCUAAAUGCAAAAUGCUUUAAGAGUGUUAGUCUUAGUAUGCCUUGAAAAGGCUUACCUCAGUGGAUAUUCCACUACUGCACAUAAUAUAUUGAGCAAUGUACAUGUUUAAAUUUAAUGUUUUAGGAUUUAUAAAUAAUUUAAUACAGUAAAAUAACAGAUUCCUUAAAAGAGUAAAUGUAUCCCUUCUAUAUACCGGAGAUAGAGGUAGAUUGUAAAGAUCUUGCUAAAGUCUAUAAAAAUCAAAUUAAAAAUGCUACUAUUAAGAAUUUGAAGUACUUAUAGUAAAUUUCAUGGCAUUUUUAGGUAGUUACUUUAGUACAUUUAGUAAAGAACAAAUUCAAUUUAGUAAUAAAUAUGCAAUAAAAUAUUUUGUAUCAUGUAUAAAUAUUUAGAAGCGUUGAUACCUAAGCUAGGCAUUUAAGAUAGUUUGAAUUUAAAUGCCUCUAUGCAUUAAGCAAGUGGUCGCGAUCACUAAUUUUGUAUAGAACGAAUGGGCAUUUGUUGUGUUUAGAGUUCGCGGUUUGAUUUGUGUAGCAGACGCAAUUUUUUAACAUAUUAACUCCGUGAUCCGAGGCUGCCCGAAAUCUAUGCAGAAUUUGCUUAAUGCGUACACGCGCUAUGCUAGGUAUUCCUAAAAAAUCCCUUAUUUAUAUUCUACUAAACCACCAAUAUUUAGAUAUGGCAAUAAUUUUCGAUUUUUGGGACCUUAUAUGAUCAAUAAUCAACAAUAAAAGUUGUCAUCUCCGUUUACA